AUUUAAUGAACCUUUUCUCUAUAGCAUCAACUCUUUAUUAGAUUUUGAGCAUCUUGGCAUUGACCUAAUCUAAUCGUUUUCUAGCAUCAGAUAUCCUUUCAAAUUAGUGUAGGUAGUGUUGAUCUUUGCCAAAAUGGGUGUCUUGGGUAAGCAUUUGCAUUUCUAAGUGAAUAUAAAUAAAGUACCAUCUUUGAUCUAGAUUAAUAAGGCUUCAAGUUAAGCUUGUUGAGCUUAUAAUUCAUCAGUUUGAUUGAAUUAUAAUAACUUUUCAAAUAUUUCGUGAACUUUGGUGUCCAUUAAUAUUAAUAUAAUUUAACGAAAAU